GACUUGAGUAUUCACUUUUCUCGAUGGAGGUUCACCAUAGUGGUGAAUUUAGGGAGAAGCCAAACAAGGUUUACGUUGGAGGACAAAUGGAUUACAUAGAUGAAUGUGAUGUUAACUCGAUGUCGCUUAUUGAAAUGGAUGAUAUAACCUCUAUUCUUGGAUAUGCUCCAUACAUAUUAUUAUAG